UUUGAGGAUCUGGUCCAUGGGCCGGCCGUACCUUAUCAUUUCCCACGUCAAGUUUCACCUCAUUUCUUCGCUGGUCAUGAUCCCAAAGCUUGGUGAUGGAAAUGGGUCGGGAGGGACCAAUGCUGAUGUAGGUUGAAGAACUUAGUCAGGAAUGCACCUCACCGCUCGACGUAUGUAACACGAUCGGCAGGCUUGCGAUCAACGCCUGAAACAUGAUCGAUGACACAAAGGGAAAUCGCAGAAUACUGAGACUACCCGACUAUCUAUGGUGGUCAUGUGAAGUGUCGUCAUCAGGAUGCUGUUCGAAGCCUUGACCCUCUUGUGCAUCCUCCUAUUCACGGUGGCGGUCUACCGUCUUACUCUCCAUCCAUUAUCCCACCUCCCUGGGCCCUGGAUCUUUUGCAUCUCCUCCAUUCCCCAGUGGGCGAUCGUUUUUCUUGGGAUCGAACCCCAGAUCCUUGCGCACUACCAUCGCCAAUACAAAACUCGAGUCCUGCGCAUUGCCCCGAGUUUGGUUUCCAUUUCCGACCCAAAGGCCUUGGCGACCAUUUAUGUGGCCGACGGGGGCUUCGUGAAAGACGGCCGGUAUCGCAACUUCGACGUCAACGGCCGGCCCACUAUCUUUUCCGCCAUCGACAAAGCCUACCGUGAUGUGCGAGCCAAAGCUGUACUGCCGUUAUUUGCGCCUGCUAGGAUACGAGCAGCGCAGGAGGGACAAAAUGUCCAGCGUUAUGUUGAGAGAUUUAUCGCUCGGUUGAAUGGCGAAAGGAGUCGCGUCAAGUCCGUUUCAAGCACGUCGAGUCGUGUCGAUAUCUUAGAUUUGGCGCUGCGGCUGUCGAUGGACGUAAUGACGGGCUACAUGUUUGACAGGUCGUAUGGAGCGCUGGACGAGGAUUCGUCCGGUCGCUCACAGCCACGGAAGUUCUCAGAAAGUCCCUGGCUGCAGGCCAUUGCAGCGUUUGGAUACUAUUCCAUGCUCCCGCCGUGGUUGUUCUCCAAAGCCUUGUUGGUCCAUACUUCCCUUUUGGAUCCUGCUCGGGGCGCAUCGGUGCGUCGCGUCGGAGCAUUCGUCGAGUCGGUCGUCGGAGACAAAGCAAAUAUGGCAUCCACCUACCACGGCCGUCUAUCUGCCGCUGGAGCGACAGAGGAAGAGAUCAUCGGGAUAUGUGGAGGAUCGCUGUUUGCAGGGACGAGCUCGACUGGUCAGACACUGGCUACCAUCUUGUUCCACCUUGUGCGUCAGCCUAGCAUUCGCGACAGAGUCCACCAAGAGCUACGCGAAUCGGACACAGCUGACCUGCAAAGCCUUCCGUACUUGAAGGCCGUGGUCAACGAAGGCCUUCGUCUCGCCAUGACCAACCCGGCUCCCCUCACCAGAACUGUUGCCAAAGUUGGGUGUCACGUAGAUGGAGUGCACCUCCCCGAAGGAGUCUCCGUUGGAGCUGCGAUAUAUGUGAUGCAUCACGACCCAGAGGCGUUUCCUGAACCCUUCACAUUCAGACCGGAGCGGUGGCUAGAGAUGGCGGAUGAGAGACGCGACCAGUGUUUCUUUCCGUUUGGCCUAGGAUCGCGAUCAUGUAUCGGCAGAAAUCUGGCGCUGUGUGAGCUGUUUGAAGCGGUCGCUGCGACGGUCAAGUCGAAGGUUUUGGAGGGAUCUGUGGCCUGUGAGGAAAAGAUUGUGGUCAGUGGCUGCUUCAACGGAGAGGUUCAGGGGCAUGCCAUUGAGAUUUGUUGGACGGAUAAUCGGUAGGACGUCUUUCAAAGCUGAUUGUGGGAUCACCUGAUCCUCUCGCUCCUUCGUCUUCUUCCUCUUUCCUAGCCACAGCAUAGCUUCCAUCUUGCCAUCAAGCAAUUUCGACAUCAAGUCAAACAUGAUAAAUUCCAAUUCAAGCUCAUACCUUCUUGAAACACACGAGUAUGGAGUCGUUCACCUGGUUUCUGGCCCAAUUGAGGC